AUGUCCGAGCUAUUCAAAGGACACAGUUUGAAUUUGGAAGAGGACUACGAUGUGGAUGGUGGGGCGUUUUUGAAGGAUAAGAUGGUAGCCCUCGUGUUCACCUCGAUAAACCCGCGGAGCAAACGUUGCACCUCUUUCAACACCCUUCUCCAAAACCUCUACAAUGCCAUCAAGUCGAAGCACGAUGACUUCGAACUCGUCUUCAUUGUCAACAAUCUUCUGACGGUACAUGAGAGACACUUCCCGUUCAAAUUCCCAUGGGUUCUCGCGCCGUUCGGCGAGAAGGAGUAUCAAUCGUUCGCCAAAAACUACCUCGUCAAGAACAACAACAUUCCGUGUCUCUUUAUCAUCAAGCCUAACGGAGACCCAGUUCUCCGUAUGAAACAGGAAGAAGUCCUUCAAAAAAUCGAUAAACCAGAUGCAUUAUGGCAGAAAUGGGCGGACGCUUAUAACGACCUGAAGCCAAAGCCGAUAAAUUAUCAGAAUUAUUCCCAGAAGCCGUCGUGGGUCAGACCUUUCAAGGAGAAGAACCUGAAAACAUUCAAAAUUAGUGAGAUUCAUAUCAUAAUUCAAGUUGAAUACACAAUACAAAAUACAGAAGUAAAUAUCACAAAAUACGGCGAUGCGAGCUUCCUCGGCAACCUCGAAUCUCUCACGAUGGAUGCUUCUCAGUGGGUAUUCACCGCAUAG